GUGGAGCUGCUGUCUAGACACAGAUCAUGAGUGGCGGGUAUGAUCUCAACCUCUUCGCCAGCCCUCCUGACAGCAACUUUGUGUGCUCCGUCUGCCAUGGGGUUCUCAAGAGGCCAGCAAGGUUGCCAUGCAGCCACAUCUUCUGCAAAAAGUGCAUCUUCCAGUGGCUAGCCAGACAAAAGACCUGUCCGUGCUGUAGGAAAGAGGUGAAAAGGAAAAAGAUAGUCCGCGUGAAUAAACUCCGGAAAACCAUUGGCCGCCUGGAAGUCAAGUGCAAGAAUGCCAACGCUGGCUGCAUAGUGACGUGCCCCCUGGCCCAUCGCAAGGGGCACCAGGACUCAUGCCCCUUCGAGCUAAUGGCCUGCCCCAACGAGGGCUGCACCUCGCGUGUGCCGCGUGGGGCCCUGGCAGAGCACCGGCAGCACUGCCAGCAAGGAUCCCAGCAGCGCUGCCCCCUGGGCUGCGGGGCCACGCUGGACCCGGCCAAGCGCGCUCGCCACAAGGCCAGCAAGGCUGCGGUGAUACCAGGCGGGAGAGCCGGCCCCGACUGCUCUCGGGGAGGACGGCGAUCGGAGCCUGGCCGCCGGGAGCAGCAGCGUGGGCUCAUCGAGAAGCCGGCUCUUUUGUCGAAUAGCAGUACUGGUGCCCUUGCCCUGGCAGCGCAGCCUCGGGAUUAG